AUGCCUGCUGUGUUCCCCCAACAUAUGUGUAUGAACAAAACAAAACCAAAAAAAUUCCGGGAGCAGAAGUACGGCUACUACCACUGCAAGGACUGCAACAUCCGCUGGGAGAGCGCCUACGUGUGGUGCGUGCAGGGCACCAACAAGGUCUAUUUCCGUCAGUUCUGCCGCACCUGCCAGAAGUCCUACAACCCCUACCGCGUGGAGGACAUCACCUGCCAGAGCUGCAAGCGGACGUGGUGCACGUGCCCUGUGAAGAUGCGCCACGUGGAUCCCAAGAGGCCCCAUCGCCAAGACCUCUGCGGGAGGUGCAAAGGCAAACGCCUCUCUUGUGAUAGCAACUUCAGUUUCAAGUAUAUUAUCUGA